AGGAAACUGAAACCAGAAAAAAAUGAGUCACCAUAUAUGGAAGGAACUGAGAGUAUCCCCCAACUCCCCAACCACUGAACUGCCCUGUCUGUUACUGUGGGCGGGACGCCCAAGAGACUCCUGGGAGGCCUUGGCAACGCAAGCCACAAGCCACGGUGUCGCAGCAACAGGCCAGUGAGGCUGCACUGGGCUUGGGGCAGCCAGAGUUCCUUUUGCCUAUGGAGCGCGUGACAAUCCCAGGCCCCAGGCCAGGGGACCCACCUUGGACCAUUGAGAAUGUAGAGCUGAGUGAGGAGCAGCGGCUGCAGGUGAGUGUGAGGGCCCUGGGGAGCUGGCAGAAAGGAGGGUGCCCACAGUAGGGUUCCACAGGCACCACCCUGGCCACCCACAGAUCUCCAAGGAGCUGGUCGACCUGCAGAUCAGAACCCAUCACCUGCAGAAGCAGCACGAGGCUGAAAUCUUUGAGCUGAAGAGUGAGGUGGGCACUGAUGUGCGCCCACAUGUGCCAGCCUGAGUGUUGUGGGUGGGGGUCCUGCAGCUGGAGAGCCGGGUGUUGGAGCUGGAGCUGCAGGGAGAGCAUGCAGCCAUGGCAGAGACUGAUCCAGGACACCGUCAGGUGCCUGCACAGGAGCUCAGGCGCAAGGCUGGGAGGCAGGGACACUCCGACCACCACAGAGUCCAGGUCACCAUAAGUGCAUGGCUGGGUGAGCUGGGUGAGAGCCAAAUAGGGGUGCAGCAGGGGCACAGUGAUGCUGGGACCCACUCUCCCAUACAGGUGCAGUCCAAGGACUUCCAGAUCCCUGAGGACAAGCAGCAGAAGCUGAGGAAUGGCGUGUGUAGCCACCUUGUCCAGGGGACUGUCCAGGGAGAAGAGAAGCAGGCACUGGAGCAGCACAGAGCCCAGCAGCAAGCACUGGAGAUGCAAGUGGCAGCCCUGGGCCAGCAGCUGCAAGGAGCCCAAGAGAAGGCCAGGACAGCUGGGCAGCGACUGGCUGCACAAGCUGUGGUGUUGUCCACCUGCCAGGGCCAGCUCCACCAGGCUGAGGCCGAGAACAGCCGCCUGCAGCUACAACUCAAGAAACUGAAUGAGGAGUAUGCCAUCAGGCUGCAGCGCAGCGCCCGAGCACUGGCGGAGUUUGCAGAUGGUACAGGGCAGGCACCAACAGCAGCUGCUCUUAGGACCUUCCUGGAGAGUAUUCUGGAAGACAUCCGGGCCGCGCACCACAGCCGUGAGCAACAGCUGGCCCGGGCCGCUCGAGCCUACCGCAAGCGCCUGGCUGAUCUGAGCCGAAGGCAUGAAGAGCUGCUGGCUGCCCACGGUGUGCAGCAGGUACUGGCGGACCCCAACAGGGCACCUGAGAUCCCCAAGGCUACCUCUGAUACAGCCACAAUGGACCUGGAGCCACUGCUCCUGCACCUGGUUACCGAGUUCAGCCACCCGCAGGAGGACCAGACAAAGCUGGAGACACAGCUUCAGAAGCUCCAGGCCCAGAAAGGACCUGGUGAAGCUUCCCAGGGGGGCACAUCAGAGCCACAGGACCUGGGAGCUGCAUCCUGGGCCCAGAUCCACCAGAAGCUCCAGGAUUUCUCCCGUGGCACCCAGGCAGAGUUGGAAAAGGAGCGGGCACAACUGCUAGUCCGGGCCGCCACGGCUGAGGAGCAGCUUGCCGAACUCCAGGAGUACGUAGACCAGCACCUAGGCAGGUACAAGCAGGAGAUCCUGAGGCUGAGGAAGCUGGUGGGUACCAGGGACCCCCAGAAAGUGGGGGCUGCACCUACAGCCAAGUCUCAGCGCCCAAGGACCCGCAGCCGCUAACUGGUCAUCAGAUAAGCUCGGAGCACAACUCUUCCUGGCCAGCAUGAAGCCCUCCCCACAGCCUCACAUUGUGGAGUCGUUCCACCCAGCCCUUUACCCAACAAGAGUCAGGAUGAAGCUCA